GAUCACUCCAGUCCUCGAUCCAUUGUAUCGGGAACCGCCGCCACGUGAUUCAGCUCGCGCUCCGCAUUUAAAGCUCCACCCCCGUCAGUGACCACAGCUCAGUUCCAUACCCAUGUCACCAACACCAACACCACCGUCCUCCUCCUCGACAACACCGACAACAGCUCAGCGCCUUUCACAAAUAACCUCGCAGAUGUCUACUCCCGCCAAACCCCCAGUGACCUGCCACAUCCUCGACACGACGAUCGGGCGGCCCGCACAAAACGUCAAAUGCACGCUCCUCGUGUUCGCAUCGACGACCUCUCCGGCGAUCGCGUCGGAAGCUACGGUGCUCGCAACCGGACUGACGAACUCGGAUGGGCGCGUCACCGCCUGGGACACGGCGGAGACGGGGAAGGCGCUGGUUCUCCAGGAAGGCGCGGCAUACAAGAUGCGCUUCGAGGUCGAGGAGUAUUUUGCCAGGACUGCACAGGAGACGUUUUUCCCGUACGUGGAGAUUGCGUUUAGGGUCAGGAGUACGGGAGAGCAUUACCAUAUCCCAUUGUUGUUGGCGGGGUGGAGCUACAGCACGUACCGUGGGUCAUAGAUGGUGGCAGGAGGAUUGCGUGACGGGAAUUGUAAAGGAUGCACGGUCGAACGGACGAAGUAUAGGAU